CGCCGCCGCCCCGCCCUCCCCCGGCUCGGGGCGGAGCCUCCGCCGGGCCUCCCCUUUAUCUGCCCGCUUGCAGCCGGGAUGCCGAGGGCUGUCGGGUCGCAGUCGGGCCUCCUUUUGCAACUCGGUUCGGUCGCAGAGGACAGAAGCCAGUCAAGUUUGCCUCACAUUCAUGAACCAGGCCCUGGACACCUGGUCUCAGCCCAGCUUUGCCCACCUUGCUGUGUGAUCUUGGCUCCUCGCCCCACCCACAGCCAUGGCCACAAUGGUGGCCCAGAAGCUCAGCCACCUCCUGCCCAGUUUGCGGCAGGUCCACCAGAUGCCUCAGCCGUCUGUGCAGCCAGAGCCUGUGUUCACAGUGGACCGAGCCGAGGUGCCGCCCCUCUUCUGGAAGCCAUACAUCUAUGUGGGCUACCGGCCACUGCAUCGGACCUGGCGCUUCUACUUCCGCACACUGUUCCAGCAGCACAACGAGGCGGUGAACGUCUGGACCCACCUGCUGGCGGCCCUGGUGCUGCUGCUGCGGCUGGCCAUCUUUGUGGGGACCAUGGACUUCUGGGGAGACCUGCACGCCCUGCCCCUCUUCAUCAUUGUCCUCACCUCCUUCACCUACCUCUCCCUCAGUGCCUUGGCUCACCUCCUGCAGGCCAAGUCUGAGUUCUGGCAUUACAGCUUCUUCUUCCUGGACUACGUGGGUGUGGCUGUGUACCAGUUUGGCAGUGCCCUGGCACACUUCUACUACGCCAUUGAGCCCGCGUGGCAUGCCCAGGUGCAGACCUUUUACCUGCCCAUGGCUGCCUUUCUCGCCUGGCUUUCCUGCGCUGGCUCCUGCUACAACAAGUACAUCCAGAAGCCUGGCCUGCUGGGCCGCACUUGCCAGGAGGUGCCCUCGGCGCUGGCCUACGCACUGGACAUCAGCCCCGUGGUGCACCGCAUCCUCGUGUCCCCCAACCCUGCCAUGGACGACCCGGCUCUUCUCUACCACAAAUGCCAGGUGGUCUUCUUUCUGCUGGCUGCCACUUUCUUCUCUGCCUUCAUGCCUGAGCGCUGGUUCCCUGGCAGCUGCCACGUCUUUGGGCAGGGCCACCAGCUCUUCCAUGUCUUCUUGGUGCUGUGCACGCUGGCUCAGCUGGAGGCCGUGACGCUGGACUAUGAGGCCCGGCGGCCCAUUUAUGAGCCUCUGCACGCCCGCUGGCCCCAAAACUUCUCCGGCCUCUUCUUGCUUACUGUAGGCAGCAGCAUCCUCACUGCAUUCCUUCUGAGCCAGCUGGUACGGCGCAAACUCAAUCUCGAGCGGAAGACCCAGUGAAGGGGGUGGCAGCUGGUAGGGAGGGAGGUAUAGUGGGGGCCCAAGGGUCCGGGCUUGGCUCCAGAUGGGAACAAGGCCUGGUAAAAUUGCUUGUGUCUGGCCCGCGGUGACUUCUGUGCGCACACCUCAGCUGCCAAGGGGGGCACUGGCCAGUCCUUGGAUUUGAGGAUUGGCUGGAGCUGCUGGGGUCCACUUCAGGGCCUGCCCCAGCCCCCUGCCCUGGGAGAGGGAAAGAGAAAGAUGUGGGCUACCCUGGUUUGCCUCCCCCCAUUGCCUCUCACUUAGGGGUGAGGAUAGAGGAUCAGCUGGGGCCAAGACCCUGGCCUGGGCCUUCCAGAUUAUCUGGGAGGGGGUGAAGUUGGGAUUUAGGUCAGAGUCAGAUCUGAGCUGAGAGACAGGGAAAGCAUCAGCAGCUGCCCUCUACCCAGAUUUCACUGGUGGAUAGGGAAAGGACAGGCCCAAAAUGUGUGCAGGAUCUUACCAUUCUUGAACCCCAGCCUGAAGUUUUGGUGCUGCAGAGAGCCCCCAAAGAUAGAAGAUUGUGCCAGGUAGAAAUGGAUCCCAUCCAGUGCCCCAUACCUCUUCAGUCACUGUCCCAGACAGUGAGCCCUGACCCUCCUAGCUCUGGCCUCAAUGUCCCACACACCCUGUUCCCAGUGUCUUUCCUGGUUCCCUUGUUCAUGAUUCAGUAUUUAUCCAUUUAGUGUUUCUUGGGCCUCUGCUCAGAGGCAGGCCACUGACUGGGCUCCGUGGAUCAAUGCAGGAUGGUAAAGGCUUUAAUAUCAGAAUGAACCGUCAGGGGAAGCACUGAGGAGGGAAUAAUUAGUGUUGCCUGGGACCCUCAGGGUCUUGGGUUGGGAAGGGUGAAUAGGAGUUUACACGUGGAGAAGAGGAAGGGCAUUCCAGGUAGAGGGAAAAACUUGUCCAAAGGCCAAGAGGUAUGGAAGGAGGAGUUCACUGCGGCUGGAGUUAGGAGUGGUCUGGACUCUGAUGUCCUGGAAGCAAUAAAGUGACUGUGAUAA